AUGUAUAGCAUUGAUAUAAUUACAUAUAUGUUCUUUGUUCUGCCCCUUGACGUAAUAUGUCAGGACACAGUCCACCCCUUGGACGUCGACCCCGGCCUCAAGCAGAGCUUCAAGAAGGGCCUCAGCAUCGUGGGUCUCCGAAGGAUCUACGAGAACCGCGGGGCCUCCAAGGUGGCCGUCGACAACCUCAACCUCGAGCUGUACGAGGGCCAGAUUAUGGCACUCCUCGGCCACAACGGCGCUGGAAAAACAACUGUCAUUUCGAUGAUCACUCGGGAGCUGCGCCAAACCGCGGGCAACAUCUCAGUGUACGGCCACGAUAUCCGCACCUCCUGGGACAAGGCCAGGAAGCUGAUGGGAAUGUGCCCCCAGAAGGCCGUCCUCUUCCCGCUCAUGACGGUGCGGGAGACGCUUACCUAUUACACCCGACUGAAGGGCACCGCAGCCGACCAGACGGACGCGGAAGUCAACUCGACGCUAAUCAACAUGGGCUUAUACGACCACCGCGAUCACCUCGGCCGCCAGCUGUCGGAGGGUCUGCGUCGGCGGCUGUGCAUGUCCAUCGCCUUCGUCGGGGGCUCCAAGCUGGUCAUCCUGGACGAGCCGACGUCGGGAGUCGACCCGGCGGCGAGGGCGGCCAUAUGGGAGGUGAUCAGCAACCACCGUAGCGGCAGGACCAUUCUACUGACCACGCACCACCUGGACGAAGCGGAAACCCUGGCUGACCGCGUGGCCAUCUUGCAUCAGGGGAGACUGCUGUGUGUCGGCUCGCCCCUCGCCCUCAAGUCCGAGUAUGGAUCCGGCUACAGCAUCACGCUCAGCAACAGACGCGUCUAUGAUGAGACCGAGGACGGGCCGUACAAGGGAAAGCCUGGCAAAGAUGAGUCUUUCCUGCCCUUGGAUGUCACUUUCCAGUUUGCGAAGACCGAUGCUGUGCUUGAACUGGCGAAGAAGUAUGCUCCAAACGCUCGCCUACUGGAAGCUGUCAACGCGGAGGUGACGUACUCAAUCCCCAUAACGGAUGGCCAAGGGAACGAGAACAGGUUGCCCGAGCUGUUUGGCGAACUGGACGGCCGGCUGGAGGAGCUGGGCUUCGCGUCCAUGGAAAUCCGACCCACCAAUCUCGAGGACGUCAUCAUCGCCCUCAACGCCAUCAACGCCAUCGAGUCCGAGAGUCUCGCGCAGUCCAAGGUGUCCCUCGAGGAAGAACCCCAGAAAGAGGAGGACCUGCGUGACCUGUUCAACUUCCGGCCUCUGGCUCCUCGCACCGGCGUCAGACUCUCCUUCCAGCGGCUGCUCGCCCUUCUGUUCAAGCGCCUCCUCCACCACGGCCGGGACUGGGUCUUCUACGUCCAGAUGUUUGUGUUGCCGUUAGUGUUCAUCUGCCUGGCCAUGUUGGGGUCCUGGUGUCGACCUGCCUUCGAGACCACUGCGCCCCUGGAAAUGAGUCCACACAUAUACUCUGCGCCAUCCACCUCCUUCGUCAGGCAACUGGACCAAACCUUUGAACCCUUAGCAAAGGAGUUCCUUCGGCUGACCCUGGGCACCAGCGGCAGCACGGGGCAGUGGGCCACAUGCCCCUCAAGUGUGGCCAACGCCAACCUUGGUGUACCGCACUGCAAUAUGUCAGGCGAUACAACGCAGUCCUUGUGCAGAUGCAAUGAUGACGUGUGCUCCGUGGACGUCUCAAAUCAGCCCAGCCUCAACGACUGGAUCUUAGGAACACGAUGGCAACAUGUUCAGAAUAGGUAUGGAGGUCUGAGCCUCGGCGUGGAGGAUCCCCGCUCCCCCACCAGCAGCCCCGGGGUCACGGUGUGGUACGACAACUCCGGCUACCACGCCCUCCCUGCCUACCUCAACGCGCUCACGAAUGCCCGCCUCAGCAGACUUCUCGGGGACCAGUUCGAGGUCACCACAGUCAACAACCCGGUCAAGUUCUCCAGAUACGGGUUAAACAGCAUCUCAUUGCAGCAGCACGUGGCGGACCUCGGGAUCGGCCUCCUGAUCCUAGUGGCGCUGACGGUGGUCUGCUCGAGCACCGCCGGGUACGUGGUGGGCGAGCGAGCCAGGGACGAGCGGCGAGUCCUCUACGUUGCCGGCGUGUCGAGGAACACCUACUGGAUCGCCAACAUGAUCUGGGACGUCUCGGAAAUUACCCGCCCUCUCCUGUCACAGAUUCUACUGCUCAACAUCUUCCUCACCGUGGUUGUCCUUGUCAUCUUCAACCAGCAACAGUUCGUGACCCACAGCAACCUGGGCGCCUUCUUCCUUCUAGCUCUGCUGUAUGGGUUGAGCAUCCUGCCGAUAUUCUACCUGACGGAGGGCCUCUUCCGGACAGAAACCGCUGCCGUGUUCUCCUUCUUCUGCGGCACCUUCAGCGUCGGUCUGAUCUCUACCCUUCUCCUCAUCGUGUGUGAGGUCUACACUUGGGUCAAGGAGCUCAAGUAUGACAUUGGAUCCAGUUUUCUUGUGAGUAACUUCGAUCCCCUUUCGCCUGCGUCCUUGAGUAUCCAAUCUCUUCUAGCUCAGCUUGCCAUAGAGGAUCUAUUGGUUUCCCAGAAGAGCUUGCGCCCCUUAAUAGAGUUUGAUUGA